AUGUUUAAUUAUUUAGCAAAAGAAUCUUUCAUUACAGGUUUUCAAGGAGAGCUUAUUACACGUAUAAAGGAAGAAGAAAAGUCAAAGCAAAAGAAGAUACCUUUUGACCAUUUGACUAAUCUGGUUUGGUUCUUCAAAGGUGUCGUGAGGGAAUCAAAGAGGGAGAGAGGAUACAACCAAGGCGGAAGAGAGAAGCACGGAUCGGAGAUAGCAUGCAACUCCGGUGAAGACGGCGUCGAGGAACAUACGGUGUUCGGAAAGGACGAUGCGGCGAGCUCGUCGAAGCUUCUGAGAGCCAAGGUCGAUUCUCUACACAACACUCUCAGUCCCUGCAGCGACACUCCAAGUCUUCAUAAGCCUAUCCAUCCUUGUUUUCAUCCCAAUCUACGACCGUGUACUCGUCCCAUCGCAAGAUCAAUCACUCAUAAACCAGCAGGAAUCACAACACUUCAAAGGAUCACCACAGGCAUUUUCCUCUCAAUCCUUUCAAUGGUAAUAGCUGCUUUGGUCGAGAUGAAAAGACUCAAGACCGCUCGAGAUCACGGGCUUGUUGAUUCCCCUAAUGCCAUGGUUCCAAUGAGUGUUUGCUGGCUUAUUCCACAGUACGUUCUCUAUGGGGUCUCUGACGUCUUCACUAUGGUUGGCUUACAAGAGUUCUUCUACGGACAAAUCCCGGUCGAGCUAAGAAGCUUGGACUAUCUAUGUACCUUAGCGUAA